AAAUCACUUCUUCUAAUUGUUUAUAUUUUAAAGAUAAAGAUUGUUUUAGGUGUUAAUUUUUGAAGUUCUAAGUGUUAUAGCAUGAUAAUGAAACAUGGUUAUUCUAUCGCGUCUUUCACUUUGGUUCUAUUUAUUUCUCUUGUUUUACAUUUACAUUUUGAAAGUACAAUGGCUACUCGAACAUCAGUUAAAGUAUUCGGUACGCCUAAUACUCUUGAUCAGUCACCACCAUCACCCCCAAAAUAUCACUUCGAAAUCAAGAAUAUAGAGCAAAAGGCUUUCCGACCCACUGAACCAGGUCAUAGCCCAGGGAUCGGACACCCAGCUCCACCAGUUUUUCACUUCGAAAUCAAGAAUUUAGAGCAAAAAGCUUUCCGACCCACUGAACCAGGUCAUAGCCCAGGGAUCGGACACCCAGCUCCACCAGUUUUUCACUUCGAAAUCAAGAAUUUAGAGCAAAAAGCUUUCCGACCCACUGAACCAGUUUUUCACUUCAAAAUCAAGAAUUUAGAGCAAAAAGCUUUCCGACCCACUGAACCAGGUCAUAGCCCAGGCAUCGGACACCCAGCUCCACCAGUUUUUCACUUCGAAAUCAAGAAUUUAGAGCAAAAAGCUUUCCGACCCACUGAACCAGGUCAUAGCCCAGGCAUCGGACACCCAGCUCCACCAGGGAAACUAUGAUGAUGUGUCAACACCAGAGCUUCUCAAAUAGAUAUAAGAAUAAGUUAAAAUUAUUAAAAUACUUAUAUUUUAUGUCAUUCAUGUUUAAGUGUUCGAAAUUUAUUUGUAUUCAUCGUUAAACUAAUCAUAAAAAUAAAUCAAUUGUACUCUCU